GCUUUGAACUCAGUAUAGCAUCGUCGUCGGUCUGAAGCGCGUUUAUGUUGACGAUUCAAAAUGAAGAGAUUAUUUUGUUGUACAAUAAUUUCAUGGCUAUGUUUGGGCUCUGCGGUCGAUUCGUACAAUUUGCUUUGCUUUUUUCCGACAAUAAGUAAAUCUCAAGUAGUGUUCGCCAAGCCUUUACUUGUCGCUCUUGCCGAGAAGGGUCAUAAUGUAACUCUGGUCAGCUCGUUUUCAGUGCAGAAAAAUGUACCAAAUUAUCGGGAGAUUAUCAUUCCAAUUGAUAUGACGGCGCAUUUAAAACUCACAUCGGAUGUUGCUAAUGAAGAGAGAAGUGGCAAUGUAAUCUCAACGAUCGCCACAGUAUUCACUAAGAUGCUGGACGCCACAAAUGAGACAAUGCAUCACCCGAUGUUCAAAGCAUUAUUACGAUCAGGCCAAUUCGAUGGAGUGAUACAUGGCUUUGCAAUGAAUACAUUUCAGGUCGGAAUCGGUGUACACUUUGAUUGCCCGUCAAUUUUCUUAAGUUCCGUUCCGGUAAUUCCGCCGGUGGCUCAUAUGGUCGGGCAUCCGAUGAAUCCCGAAGCGGUACCCAGUUUCCUGACGAAUUACAAGGGUGGAAUGACGUUUUUCCAACGGGUUGCUAACUUCCUCAUAACUGGAAUGACCGUAAUUUUCGCUUGGUAUCAAGAGUACCUGAACAAGCAAUAUUACAACGCGAUAUUCACGAGCGAUAAAUAUCCCAGCUAUGAAGAUGCAAAGAAAAAUAUCGCUCUGUUGCUCGUCAAUGAUCAUUUUACGCAAGGGAAUGUUCGUCCUCUUCUUCCGAAUACAAUUGAAGUUAGUGGGCUUCAGGUGACCGAUAAAGUUGAUCCACUACCCGCAGAUAUAAAGGAAUUCGUUGAAGGAGCUACCCAUGGACUUAUUUUCGUCUCUUUCGGUACGAACAUUCGAAGUGCUGAUCUAACUUUGGAAAAACGGACUGCCCUUCUGAGCACAUUCGGGAAGCUCAAGCAACGCGUUCUAUGGAAAUUUGAAGACGACACGCUAACGAAUCUACCCGCUAAUGUUCUGGUCAAAAAAUGGCUUCCGCAGAAUGACAUUCUUGCGCAUCCGAAUACCAAAAUUUUUGUAUCGCACAUGGGUAUCGGAGGAUAUAACGAAGCAAUGUAUCAUGCUGUACCUGUAUUGGCGAUUCCAUUCGCAGGCGACCAAUUUACGAAUGGUAAAAAGGCCGAAAAUAGCGGAUGGGCUGAGGUUAUUCAGUAUCCAGAUUUGACUCAAGCAUUGUUUGAGAAAAAGCUGCUGUCGUUGCUAAGAGAAAGUAAAUACAAGGAAAAUGUUCAACGAAUUAGCAACCUAUACCGUGAUAGACCCGUAUCGGCAAUCGAUGCAUCAAUAUUUUGGAUUGAGUAUGUUAUUAGGCAUAAGGGAGCGCAACAUUUACGGUAUGCUGGAGUUGAAUUGAACUUUUUCCAACAAAAUUCAUUGGAUGUACUUAUGUUUCUGGUCGUAACAUUUUAUGUUGGUUUUAAAGUACUUGGAUUUAUCUUCAGAAAGUUAAUUGCAUUGUGUUGCAAAAGCAGUAAAAAUGUUCAGAAACGAAAGACACAAUAAAGGAAGACGUUAAUGCUUAA